AUGGCAGCAAGAAUAACAUCACAAUCAAGAUCAAAGAUAGCAACCCCCGACCACUGCAGCUCUCCCCAGCGAGGGAUCUCAGUGGCCUCCACCUCCUCCGCCGCCACCUCCGCCACCGCCGCCGCCGCCUCCUCCUCCGCUCCCACCGCCACCGCCGCCGCCGCCUCCGCCUCCACCGCCGCCACCGAAGCCCCCACCCCCGCCACCACUCCCUCCACCACCCCCACUCCCUCUGCCUCCUCCACCGCCACCUCCACCGCCCCCUCGAGCCCCUCUAGCGCCCUUGCCCCCCUUGCCCUUGCCGGGCCGAGGCGCGUCGGCAGGCACAGAGCCGCGACCGCGGCGGUAGCUGCUGCUGUUAGUGGCGGCGGCAGUCGCUGCUGUCGUCGGCGACGGCUGCUGCUGGUGGUGGCCGCCGCUGUUGUCGGCGGCGUUUGCUGCUGUCGGCUACUGCAGGCGGCGGCGGCGGCUGCUGCUGGUGGCGGAGGAGCCGAGGAGGGGCCGGGAAGGGUGGCGACGGGGCUAAGAAGAGGCCGCAAGGGGCCGCGAAGGGCGGCGACGGUGACAAAGUUUUGA